AUGGUAAACCCACUCGAUGACCCGACCAUGAAAGGUCUCCCAGCUCGAGGCUGGAGAUCCUGGUCGAAGAAGAAGAAGCUCGUAGUCAUCGGCUUGGUCCUCUUGGCUAUCAUCGCCAUUGCAGUCGGCCUCGGAGUUGGCCUUGGUGUAGGGCUGAACAAUGGCGAUGACAACGAUAACGAAGGCGACGACAAUGAGACGACGCCUCCCACUGGAGGCGGCGGAGACGACAACACAACCACCGUCAAUUGGAAACCCAAGGUGGGAACCACCUGGCAGAUUGAGCUGCUGCAUCCGCUGAACAAUCGCUCGUUGGACGUGGAUGUCUACGACAUUGAUCUCUUCAACAACAACAAGUCCACCAUCGACGCCCUGCACAAAGACGGCCGCAAGGUCAUCUGCUACUUCUCCGCGGGCAGCUACGAGAACUGGCGGCCCGACAAGGACGACUUCAGGGACUCUGAUCUGGGCAAAACCCUGAAUGGAUGGGAGAAUGAGAAAUGGCUGAACCUGCGCAGUUCGAACGUGCGCAAGAUCAUGCAGUCUCGUCUGGACAUGGCGGUGCAGAAGGGAUGCGACGGCGUUGACCCGGACAAUGUCGACGGAUACGACAAUGACAACGGACUGGGACUGACGACGAAUGAUUCGACGGACUUUGUCAACUUCCUGGCUCGCGAAACGCACGGACGGAACAUGUCCAUUGGAUUGAAGAAUGCUGGGAAGAUCAUCCCGUCCGUCAUCAGAAGCAUGCAGUGGAGCGUGAACGAGCAGUGUGCCCAGUACCAGGAAUGCGAUACCUACGCCGUGUUCACCCAACAGGGCAAGCCGGUCUUCCACAUUGAAUACCCCAAGGGCGACGACACCAACAAUUACAAGGCUGUCUCAACGAAGCAGAAAGAUGAUGCCUGUGAUUUCUCGGGCUCAGGCAACUUCUCCACGGUAAUCAAGAACAUGAAUCUAGAUGACUGGGUCCAGACCUGUUAG